GACAUGGAAGUGGGAAAUCGCACUGUCCUGACUGAAUUCAUCUUGAUGGGCUUCUCAGCCAACCCCCAGUGGCAGCUGUUUCUAUUUGGAAUAUUUCUGACACUCUAUUUGGCAACCUUGUCAGGAAACAUGAUUCUGGUUGUUUUAAUCUGGAUUGAUUCCCACCUGCACACACCUAUGUACUUUUUCAUUGGCAAUCUGUCUUUUUUGGAUUUCUGGUAUACUUCUGUAUAUACCCCCAAAAUCCUGGCCACUUGUGUCUCAGAAGAUAAGCGCAUUUCCUUGGCUGGAUGUGGGGCUCAGUUUUUCUUUUCCUGUGUUGUAGCCUACACGGAGUGCUAUCUCCUAGCAGCCAUGGCAUAUGACCGCCAUGUGGCAAUUUGUAAUCCAUUACUAUAUUCAGGUACCAUGUCUGGUUCUCUGUGUACUGGGCUUGUUGCUGGCUCCUACAUAGGAGGGUUUUUGAAUGCCAUAGCCCAUACUGCCAACACAUUCCGCCUGAAUUUCUGUGGUAAAAAUAUCAUUGACCACUUUUUCUGUGAUGUACUGCCAUUGGUAAAAAUGUCCUGUACAGACACCUGGGUCUAUGAACAAGUCCUCCUGUGUCUAGUGGGCUUCACAGUCCUCUCCAGCAUUCUUGCCAUCCUGAUUUCCUAUUUCAACAUCCUUCUGGCUAUCCUGAGGAUCCGCUCAGCCUCAGGAAGACGCAAAGCAUUUUCCACCUGUGCUUCCCACCUAAUCUCGGUCAUGCUCUUCUAUGGAUCCUUGCUCUUCAUAUACUCAAGACCUAGUUCCACCUACUCCUUGGAGAGAGACAAAGUGGCUGCCCUGUUCUACACCGUGGUCAACCCAUUGCUCAACCCUCUCAUCUAUAGCCUGAGAAACAAAGAUGUCAAAGAGGCCUUUAGGAAAGCAACACAGACCGUAAGACCACAAACAUGGAGGUUGUCAUUUUUGCUGAAUGCUGUUAUGGCAUAUUCCAAAUAA